UGCAACCCUGGUUUUCGGCAGUUGGGAAUGUAUGAUUUCAAUAUGGCUGUAUCACUGAUAUGCAGUAACACACAGAGCAGGGUAAGCUCCGUUUUAAACAGAGAUGUCAAACAGUUUGGGAAAAAGUUCAUGUUUGAUGGCAGUGAAGAGACCUGCUGGAAUUCUGACCAGGGAGAGUGUCAGUGGGUGCUCCUGGAGUUUCCCGUGUCUGUCAGAAUGUCUGAGCUUAAACUGCAGUUCCAGGGAGGAUUUUCAGGCAAAUCUUGCAAGUUAGAAGGCUGUAUUAAAAAUGAGAAUCUGGAACACAUUAUGGACUUCUAUCCAGAAGACAACAACUCUUUGCAAAUCUUUCCCAUUCAAAAUGCCCCACUGGUGCAGAAGCUUAAAAUAGUGUUUGAAAACAGUACAGACUUUUUUGGAAGAAUAAUAGUUUACUCUUUGGAUGUCCUGGGAGAACGAGCUUCUUGAUGUUUGGAAAAGAAAUCCAAAGAGAGACCCGGAAUGCAAAAAAAAAGAGCAAACAGGCAACAGGUCGCUGUGAGGAACAGAUCACCUGACUCUUCUACUGUACACUCUUUCUUUGAGCACAGAUGGACUUGGUAUUAACUUUUAUCCAUUGGGGAUCAAGUGUAUGUAUCUGCUCACCAAUAGGUUUUUCAUUUUUAAAUA